AAAUUGAAGCGAGGUUAGAGAGAAGAAGGUCAUGAAAGGCGGAAAGAAGAAGUUCGCAGGAGCAGCAGCCGCCAUGACUGAAGCUUCAUCACAGCCGGCAAUGCGGCCUUUGGAGUCUGGCAAGGAGGUGCAAGCGAUUGAUGCUGAAGUGGCGGCGGCGGCGUCUGCGAAAACGGAAUCUCCGGCGGAGGCUAUUAAGCGUCAGAAUGAGCUGCAGGAGGAAGAUGCGAAGCUAGAAGAAGGACACAGGAAAGAGGGAGAGGAUGAUGAGGAAGAAGAAGAAGAUGAGGAGGAGGAAGACUGUGAAAUCGAAGAGGGCGUGAUGGAGGGAGAGCGUCCCAAGCUAGCUGAAGGAUUUUAUGAGAUUGAAACCGUAAGAAAGAAAAGGGUUCGUAAGGGCGAAGCUCAAUAUCUCAUCAAAUGGCGUGGCUGGCCAGAGACAGCCAACACUUGGGAACCCUUCGACAAUCUCCUCGCAUGUUCGGAUAUCAUUGAUGCCUUUGAAGACAGCUUGCGAUCAGGAAAGCAUAAAUCUACAAGAGGACGUAAGCGCAAGUAUAAACUAACAACUCCCAAUCAAUCCACAAAGAAGCAACGGAUUUCCCCAACUAAAGCUAAUUAUAAUAAUGUAUCUGCUGUCAAAGUUAGAGUUACUGAAGAGCCAGUUCCUAUGGGCAGCUUAAGCGAUACAUCCCCUACCAAAGAAAGAAGUAAACACGGAAACAAUGAAGUUAGAACGGUUAUCAGACAAAAUGAGGAAGCUAAGGAGCAAAAUGAAUUGAGUUUAAAGCUUAAUGAAUUAAGAGGAUCUGUCUUGUGCAAUGAGGGUGUUGCUGAUAAGCCUAAAACACAUGAUCAAGAAAACAACAUGUCUGAGAUGAAGGAUCCUGUUAAUGGGUUUCCAAUAGUUGACAACUUUGAACAAUCCCAAUCUGGUCGUUGUACUGGAGCUAAAAGAAGGAAAUCAGGUUCCGUUAAGAGGUUUAAACAAGAGCUAUCAAAGGUACCAAAUGCUGAACUGAACAAAACAGUCAGAAGCUCUAAUGGUUCGUGCAGUAAAUCUGGAUGGCAACAAGAUAGUUUGAAUCCAGAUUUUGCAGGGAGCGAUUUGGGGCUUAAGAGUUUGCUUGAGAACUCCAAUGCUGUUGCCACUAUAACUGAAAUUGUUAGGCCUAUCAGUUAUUCGUCGACAACAAUUGAGAGUGUUAAUGAUGUUUCAGUGACUUUCAUCGCAAUGAGGUCUGAUGGCAAAGAAGUUGUCGUUGACAAUAAAUUCCUCAAAGUUAAUAACCCACUUCUGUUGAUCAACUUCUAUGAGCAACAUCUGCGUUACAGCCAAACCCAAACGCAAUGAGCCGCCCUUUGGAUGCAGCUGGAUCAAACAUCUUGAACUCUUCAUCCUGUAUAGGUUAUUUAAGUAUUUGUUCGGGAUAUUAUAGCUAGCCUCUAUGCAGUUGUUUUGUUGGAUACUUCCACUUGUCAAACUAUUGCUAGCCUAGCUGAUUUGUAUAGCAGCAGCAGUUCUCUUUCCUUUCGCCAAGAUUUCAAUGUUGUUCUGAAUUUGAUGGUUCUUUGUGUUGCAUCUUUUAGAACAUAAUUUUA